GGUGUUACCCUUUGGCCCAUCGUGGAUGCACAAAAGUUACGGGACGUUAAAAAUUACCUCCGGAUGAUCUCGUUGACUCUAUCUAGAAAACACCUCAACCUACCUGGUUAUAUUGAGAGUCCUUCGACGUCCGAGUGGGGAGUAUUACAGUAUCACCAGCACUAUUGUCUUCGGAGUGUUGUUCGGUAGACGAAAACAUAUAUGAUGGUGGCCAAGAUUCCGACCACCAGUCCAAUCAUGGGAUUCCACUGUUGUAGGCCGGAGCCACCAUGCGUGUUAUCUUGGGAUUUGCCCUGGCUUCGCUCUACUUGUCGGCCACCAUCAAGGCUCACUCCGUCUAUCUCCCCCUUGUCGACUUAGGGUACGCCAUCCACCGAGCAACAGGAUACAAUGCCGCCGGAGACUACUACAACUUCAGCAACAUUCGCUACGCAUCACCUCCUACUGGAGACAAUCGCUUCCGUAUCCCCCUACCACCAUCAACAGACCGCGCUGUAGUUCAGGACGGCAUGGGAGGUAGAAUCUGCCCACAGGCAUCUCCGAUCUGGCAGACGGCCAUCGCCCGGGACUUUGUCGACGAUUAUCUGAAAGGGAUCCCGUUCAACAAAUCGACAGACGUCCUCGACUACCCUUAUCACCCCGAGCCACGAGACCCACGGGAAACGGAAGACUGCCUCUUUCUCGACAUCCUAGUCCCCGCACGGAUAAUGCUCAGAGCAUCUGAUCCCGUCCGCGGCCCCCGAGUGCCUGUCAUUGUCUGGUUCCAUGGCGGUGGAUUCACCACCGGAGACAAGAGCCAGUUCCCGGGUGCCAGUGGACUAAUUCAGCGAAGUAUGGGAUUCGGGGACGGAGUCGUCUUCGUCUCCAUCAACUACCGCCUGGGAGCGUUCGGCUGGCUCAGCGGCCCCGGACUCCGCGAAUCCGGCAACGCCAAUGCAGGGCUCGUGGAUCAACGCAUGGCCCUCCGCUGGGUGCAAGAGUACAUUCAUUUCUUCGGCGGCGACGCCAACCGAGUAACCGUGAUGGGCGAAUCAGCCGGUGCAGGAUCUAUCAUGCAUCACAUCACCGCUUUCCGACAUGAGGAAGCGCUAUUCCAGCGCGCCAUCUUGCAAAGUCCAGCCUUUAUCCCCGUUCCUGAUUUUGAGCAGCAGGAUCUGGCUUUCCACCAGUUCCUGGAUAUACUCAAUGUCAGCUCAUUGGAUCAAACACGGAAACUGCCAUCGCAGACACUCGUUGCCGCAAAUGCAUAUCAAGUAGCGAGAUAUUCAGUUUACGGAUCGAAUCUCUAUGGUCCGACCGUGGACGGGACUGUCAUCUCCGCCCUGCCUGGCGAACUGAUCCUCCAGACAGAAUACGAGUGGUACAUGAAGAUCAUGCUCGGUCGGAACGCGAAUGAAGGGCUACGAACAACAACACCCGAUGCUAUACAUGAAGACGUAUAUCGUCGAUAUCUCCGGCAGACGUUCCCGCAGAUCCAACCCGGCACCAUUGAUUAUCUUCUGCAACAACUGUAUCCGCCUGUCUUCAAUGGGAGUCGGGGAUAUCACGACGCGGUGGGACGCGCAUCGUCCAUUAUGGCCGAUUACGGAUACCAGUGUAAUAAUUACUACCUGAACCAGGUGUACAAAGGGGAGACUUACGCAUAUCUCUUUGAUGUGUCUCCCGGCCUGCAUGAGGAUGACGUGCAAUAUACCUUCUACGACGGGGAUUCAUCGAAACAAGUCAACGCCACGGUCGCAUACGUCCUGCAGGACUACAUCACAAGCUUCGCGAUGGGGGGCGCGCCGCGUUCGAAGAUUGGGCCUGAGUUCACGCCUUAUGGACCCAACAGGACGAUGAUGGAUCUGGGAGGGACUGGAAUUAAGCAGAUCCGGGAUCCAACGGACCGGGGGAGGUGUGACUGGUGGCAGCUGGGAUUUUACUAUUGAGUGUUUACUUGUUAUCAUGACAGGUCAUGGAUUGUCCUUGCCAAUCUGACGAUCAAAGCGAUCAUUCAGUAAGGUUUUGAUUUAUUGAAAUUCGAUCUCCAUUACAUGCUUCUACGAUACAAGUAUUGCGGGCUAUGUUGCCUUUCCUAGAACCUGUUGGGAU